CACUUGAAAGAGCAAAGCCACUUCAAACAACCUUGUGAAAGAACGARCAAGAAUGUCUUUCUUGCUAAGACUAUCAGCCUUUGCCAUGUUUCUUUUGAAUGUCGCGGACUACAGYUCUUGCCAUUCGGCUUACCCUCCAAACUACGACAGGGAAAAAGGUCUUCUUUUUGACUUUUAUCCUGCUCAAAAGCUUAACCUUCCAAAAGGAGCAAUGAAGAAAACCAAGUAUGUUGCUGAUAACAUGGAAUGUGUGUUCGCAUGCAUGGGUGUCCAUUGGUGCCGUUCAACCAAUUUUAAAAUCGCUCCUCGAUCUAACGGUCUCCACGCCUGUCAACUGAUUUCAUCUGAACAGUUCGCUGGGAAAGAGUACAUGGAACCAAGUAAAGCGUACAACCAUUAUAGCGUUAAGAAUCCAUGUCAAGAAAAACCCUGUCAUAAUGGCGGCAAGUGCGUUUUGCAGGAGAACAGGCAGCAUUCUCACUGCGAAUGCAACAAGGGAUUUGGCGGAGAGAACUGCGAAAAAGUUCACGGAAAUUGGUCUUCCUGGAAACCAUGGGAAAGUUGUUCACUCAAGAAUGCUGGAUGCAGCCAAUCACGAUCAAGAACGUGCACAAGUCCUGCGCCUGCCAAUGGUGGUGACGAUUGCACUGGAAACGACAAAGAAACAAGGAAAUGCAAUCCAAGCAAAUGUCCACGUUAGUAUACUUGAUAUUUUGCUCAUAUUCAAUUAGUCCAGUAAAUAACGAGAUCGAUCCCAGGAGUAUCGUGAGCAUUACCAAAUGACUAAGUGUAAACGAUUGGCAAAUCUCUUUGACAGUCUUUCUUGAGAUAGCUUUGCCUUGAUUCCAGGAAAAAAGAAUGGAAACCUAGACUUACAAAGACUUUCACAGGAUAUUUUACUUAAAAAAUUACAAUUUGUUUUGUAGGAUCAC